UCAGCAGCUCAUUGGAACAUAGCUCCUCCUCUCUGCUCUCCGCGGAGACUCCCACCUCGGCGCCUGGAUCCGGGGAUCUUGAGGAGAAGCCAUGGCGAUAGGCCUGCGCGGUGCUGUUGUGCUCGUCCUCUGGGCCGUUCUGGCCCCCAAUGUGUUCGCCAGGGACACGUACUGUUUGCCCUACAGAGAUAUGCACCAAGUUGAACACCUUAGCCAAACGUGCUACCUUGGGUUUUGCUGUGGUUCUUGCUACAACAGAUAUUGUUGUAGCGAUACUUUCCAGUACCUUUCUAAGGACAAACAAGAAGAUUGUUAUCAAUCGAUGUAUGGGGAUUAUACUUCACCGUUCCAGAUGAUCAUAGGUAUUGUCAGCCUCGUCAUCGUGGUGCUCAUCGUCAUCUGCUGCUGUGUCUGUCCCUGCUGCUGCCUGUACAAAAUGUGCCGCAAGCCACGACCUGUAGUAGCUACCACAACCCACACCACAGUGAUCAACAGCACGCCUCAGAAUUACCCUCAGCAGCCGACUGCAUCACCCGGCCAUCCUCAGUCCUACCAGGGGGCCCAGUACCAGCCCUACCAGCCCGUACCAGUGCAGCCUGGAUAUGGCGCCCAGCCCAUGCCCCAGGCAUAUGGCGCUCAGCCCAUGCCCCCAGUAACAUACCAGGGACAGCCGUUCACACCAGGGCCACCUCCAUCAUAUCAGGAAGCCACCGGUCCUCCCUACCCUCCCAGCCAGAUGCCUUACAGCCAGGCUGCGUUCUCCCCCAGCCAGCAAGCCUACCCUCUACAGCCUCCUGCCAACCUGGGGCCCAAUGCCCCGCCUCACACAGACUUCCUUACCCAGCCUGCAUACAACCCAGAAUAUAUGGCGCCCCGAACUGGAUAAUGGACCACAGUGCUCAACUCUCAGCCACUUUAAACAUGCUGCAGCAUUCAGGAACUUUGCAUAAUUUGAAAUGUGCGAUCUAAAUCAAGAUGACAGUUGUCCCGGAGGGUCUUCAUCCAUGUGUUAAUGUGGGAGCCUGUCAUUGCAGAAGUGCUGUAGAAGAGUAUCCAGGUGAAAAUGUUGACACGUCUUGCCUCAUAUUGCAACAACUUGAUAUAGAGGUGGUGAGAUUACUUUUGUUUUUAUAUUUCUCAAUGGCGCCAAUUUAGUCAUCUCAGUGAAUUUAACAUAAAACCACUGAGUCUGAUUGUAAACGAAAAAAGUAUGUGAAGUGCUUUGUCAUUCUUCCAGCCUUCUGAACAGGUCUCAACAUCUCCCUCCUAGUCCUUGUCUGUGACGUGCACCAGCCGAACCUGCUCGACCUCUUUAAUCCAACACCCUCAGUGCCGUCACGUUCAAAUUUGGGAGAAGAAGUUUUGCUGUCUGUUGCCGUGACCUCACUGCAGACCGACAAAUUGCUUUAAGCCUUUCUUUUCUCAUUUACUUUCUCUGGUGUUAUGCUUCAUACGUGUUGGUACACAAUACUGACCGGCAAAAUGUAGAAAGGAAUCAUGUCAUCGUCAAUUACCGCUAUUCAGAGGUUUCAGGGUUGUCGUUUAACUGCUUAGCAAAAGGGAAGAUUCAACAUACAAGGAUAAGCCAUGCUCACAAGGAAGGUCAACUUUACAUUGAACUUGUAUUAGUUUAUUUGUUUCAAGUUAGUUUAAAUCACUUUAAAUUGCUUAUUUUACUGCCGUGCAUGUCUAACUGACCUAAAAUGAACCGGCAGGUUUUUCUCAUCAACCAAACAUUCAUAAAAGCUUGUCUGCGAAUUCAACAACUGUGCCUUCUUAGCCUUAUUACCUUAUUAACAGUGCGCAUGUCGUAUAGAACACGUUACAGACACAUUUUCUAUUUAUUCUCGAGUGUUUGGUUCUGUUUUUCUAAUAUUGUUCUGUUACUCGUACUUAACUGUCCUCAUAAAGGCUCAAUUUAACAAAAAACAUCAAUAUUUUGCAGUGUGUCAUGUUCGGCGUGUACUUUACUGUCCGGAAACCAUUGAGCUCUUUUAGUUACAACCCAAACUGCUCUGGUUCUUUUCUUGUGCAGUAUUCAGUCAUUGACCUCGUCACGUCUGUUUUUAAGUUGUUUUCUCACCAUUGCUUUUAUUUUGGUUGCACCAAUGUUGCAUUGGGGAUUUUACAGCAAUUUUUUUUUUUUAUUGUUUAGAUUCAAACACUUUUUGUUUGUGUUUUUGCAGUCGAGCCCCCUGUCCUGCUUUCUGUCCACUGAAAUGACUUGAAUAUAGUUUUAACAAAAGUGACCUUUUUUUCUUGUAAGAAGUCGCAGCGCAUGUGACAGACCAGAUGCCUGACUGUUCAACUUUUGAUUGUGGUCAAAGGAAGUAGUAGAUUUACAUUAUAUAUGUUUGUAUUAUCUUCAGAAUGUCAUAUCUAUGCUGUGGUUUAUUUUACCAGACCAGACAUCAGCUAAUGACAUGGGUCUAAUAUCGUGACAUAUCCAAAGUAGUUUAUUUGUGAAGCGUGUGCAUGUUCCCUGUAUCGACCAAUUGAUUCGCCUGUAUCUCAUCGUGGAUUCGCCUUGUGUGUCAAAUCUGCCCGUGAACUUCGUCCUUUGGCCAGUGUUGAUUCUUCAUGGUGACUCUCUUGUUUUUGUGAAUUGUAGCCAUUCUUGUUCCCUCUGUUUCCCAUUGAAGAAUAAUUGCCAUUGAUGCUACUUUGAGAAUAUAUGUGCAACUUUUAUUUUGUAAAAAAAAAAAAAAAACAAACACUGCUUUUCCUGCAGAGUUCAAUAAAAUAUAUUUUCAGCUUC